AUGCAGCGUAGAAUUUCUAUAAAAUUUAGAGCUGUUCACACACGUGUACAUAUUUCUCUCUUCUCUCUCGUCGUCGCCCCCCCCCCCACCCGGACACACGCACCCUCCUCACCGUCGCAAAGACUCCCAUCCUCACCAACUGAAUCGCAAUCCCAACAAUUACCCCAGUUCCCGCGUCCUCGUCGCUCAUCUACCUUUCAUCCAGCAAUCAUGGCGGUCGUAAUGGAGGGUGAGGAGUUCCAGCACAUCCUGCGUGUUCUCAACACAAACAUCGAGGGCCGGCAGAAGGUCAUGUACGCGCUCACCUCGAUCAAGGGUGUCGGUCGUCGCUUCUCCAACCUCGUCCUCAAGAAGGCUGACGUCGAUCUUGCGAAGCGUGCGGGCUCCCUCUCCAAUGAGGAAAUCGAUCGCAUCGUCACUAUCAUCCAAAACCCGCGCCAAUUCAAGAUCCCGGACUACUUUCUCAAUCGUCAGCGCGAUUUCAAGGACGGAAAGACCUCGCAGCUCAUCGCGAAUCAGCUCGACUUCAAGAUGCGGGAAGACCUCGAUCGCCUUAGAAAGAUCCGCUCUCAUCGCGGUAUGCGCCAUUACUUCGGCCUCAGAGUCAGGGGGCAACAUACCAAGACUACGGGCCGACGUGGUCGUACUGUUGGUGUGUCCAAGAAGAAGGCAUAAGCGCGUUAACCGUUGCGUUUUGCAUCAGCUGCGUCACACUAUUCACAGUCGGUAUCAUUGCGCGGUCGCCUACGCCGGCAUCUACUAGAAGCGCCAGAAUAUUUAGACGGCAGUAAACUGUUGUCUCGUUUUACGCUUUUCAA